GGGAAAUUCUCUCUGUGCAGCCUCCCUGUGUAUCUUUCGGCCGUUUCUGUAGAGGUAAUCCGAUGCUGCGGUGUUGUGACAGCACUAGAUGACCUCUACAACAUCGAGACACAGAAGGAGACGCAGAGCAAACAGCCCAUCACAAGCCCAACAAGCUCCAUUCAGUCUGUCUGUCACUAUUGAGCAUUACUCGUCCGUCGCUCAGGCGGAGAGGUAAGUCAGUCAGUCAGAAGACACUCGAAAAAGCCCAUGCGCUCGCACGGGUUGACCCACUUAACCAUCCCACCCAUCCCACCCACCGCAUAUAUACAUGAGUCAGUCAGUGAGCCACUCCCUCCCCCAUCGCAACCAACGCAGCAGCCGUCCCGUCUGUCACAGCUUGUUGUAGUUCAAGAGUAUGGGGUAGAGGUGUCGGAAGGCCAUGUGCAGCUCCUCCUCAGACCUCGCGCCGCUCAGCGACACCUUCCCCGACACAAACACCAGCGCCGUGCAGCUGCACGCCUUCUCCCCCCCCUCAACCCUCUCGUCCUUGACCUUGAGCACAUCCCUGAACCGGAACACGCAGCCCGAGAAGAGCUCCGGCUCGUAGCUGCACCGCUCCCGGUGGUCGAAGGCCAGGCCCUCCAGCCGGACGGGGAAGCCGACGUCUGCCGAUGCGAUGACGUUCUCGACCUUGAAGUUGGCGAAGACCACGUCGGGGAAGCCCACCUUCUGGAUGAUGCGGGCCAUCCUCUUGCCGCCCAGCUUGGCGUCCUUCUCCGUCUUGCUGCCCGAUAUCAUCAUGCGGCCCGUCCGGAACACCAAUGCCGUGCACCGCGGCUCCCGUAUCCGCAUGACCACUGCGUUGAUCUUCUUGGGGUUGAACUCAGAGUUGCGCGUGGACAGUGCGAUGGACUUGAGGUCCAGCUCCCUCCCCAGCUGCACAGACGCUAUCAGGUUCUGUACCCUGGGCUUCAUCUCAGGCGGCGGCUCGGCGGAGGGGACCAGGGCGCUCUCUGAGGAAUCAAUGGCGUCAGCUGCGGCUGCCGAGGCGCCGGAUGGGACUGCGAGGGCGAGGGAGCUCUCCGGUGAGGGCUCCUUCUUGGGAGGGAUGGGGAGAGGGAUGGGAACGGCAGGAGGCCCAUCAGGAUCCAGCAGGAUGCUCAUGACGUCAAAUCAGAAUCCGCGGUGUGCUAGUCGCCUUUGUUUUAGUGUUUCGAGGCUGUUUCG